CCUUUAAAACCUAAAAAUGGCAAAGAACAAGGACGACAUAGAGUAUGCAACGGCUCAAGCCAAGCUAUCGGAAGAUGAACCAAUCCGUGUAAGCUACAAACACGGGACACCAUUAGAGGGAGGCAAAAUUGCAGAGUCCGAGCCUGUGGAGCUGUUCUCGAGUGCUCAAAGGAUCGAACAGGGAAAAGAUCAGUCAGUCUCUGGCGGUCAAACACAGAUGCAACGUGACGUUAAAGAUCUCCGCGGAACACGUACAGAUGAUACUCCUCGUUAAAGCUACAGUUUGGUGGGUUUGCUUUGUUCUAUAUGUGUAGAGUGUAGACAACUGUUGCUGUCUUAAUAAAACGGACUGGAGCAUGUUUAUAAGAGCAAUCGAUAACUUCAAUCUCUAUUCUCAAAUAAACACAACAUAUAUGUAAACCGUUUCCUCAGAAACAAAAUCUCAGUUUAGCCAUCACUGCAUCUAGUAUAUAAAGGAAUGAACCAAAACAUGAAUACAGUGUGGACUGGGAUUGUUCAACAAAAGCUUAAAUGCAAAAAUCACCAAAGGUUCAAAACUGAUAUUGUUUU